AUGGCUCCGUCUCUGUACAGAGAGGUUAACAAAGUCACGAAAAAGGACAGCUAUCCGCUACAAGCUGUUGAUCUCAUCCUACAGAAUCUUGAGGGCAAGAAAUUUCUCUCGACACUAGAUCUGGCCAGUGGCUACUGUCAGGUGCCCUCAACGGAUCAGGCUAAUGAAAUCAGCGUCUCUGUUAGGACAUCAGGUAUUUUUAAAUUCAGAGUAUUACUGCGGGGACUGACUACAGCCCCCGCAGUAUUCCAACGUUUGAUGGAAAUUGUUCUCGGAAAAUUGAUUGGCGCAGAAGUGGCAGUAUACAUUGAUGAUAUACUGAUAUCGACGGAAACGGAAUUGAGACACUAUGAAGUACUAUCACAAGUGUUUGAGGAGUUCCGCAAAGCGCAUCUGAAUUUGAAGCCACAGAAAUGUCGAUUGAUGGAAAGCACCAUCGAUUGUCUAGGGCACAUAGUAGGGGCGCAAGGCGCGCAUAUGAACCCUGAUAAGGUGAAACGCAUCGUGGAAUACCCACGACCUCAAUCGGUUUCUCCUGAUAAGGUGAAACGCAUCGUGGAAUACCCACGACCUCAAUCGGUUUCUCAACUGAGAGCAUUUUUAGGCCUUGCAGGCUACUACAGGAAGUUUGUACUGAGACUGAGGUUUGCGCGCACAGCGAAACCAUUGCAUGAUCUCACAAGUGCUAGAAGAGCGUUUGUGCGGGGUGCAACUCAAGAACAGGCUUUUGAAUCCUUGAAGAAGGUUUUCUCAGAAGCACCUGUCUUGCCGCAGCAAGGCAUAGAGAAAGCGAGGAAUAACCAACGCCUGUUUUGCAUAUACACAGAUGCCAGCAGUUGGCUCGAAGAGCUUCGCUGUGAUAAGGACUUUAACAUGAUGAUAGAAGCUGUGGAGGCGAACCGCCAAGUAGAAGUAAGAUUUCCGCGGUACGAUAAGAUCUUAUCCUCGACUGAUUCUGUCAUCGAGGAUGGAAGAUAA